UUACGAUAUUACCCUAUUUCAUUUUAUAUAAAAAGGGAAAACUCUAAUCCCCGCCUGUAGGGUUUUGGAGGUCCAUAUCUGUUGAAGAAGCCGCCGCCGCCGCAGAGAGGAAGAUUCAGAAGAAGCUAGCAAUGUCGCUUGUUGCGAAUGAAGAGUUUCAGCACAUUCUUCGUGUGCAAAACACAAACGUCGAUGGAAAGCAGAAGAUCAUGUUCGCAUUGACCUCCAUCAAAGGUAUUGGCCGUCGUUUCGCCAACAUUGCCUGCAAGAAAGCUGAUAUCGACAUGAACAAGAGGGCUGGUGAACUCACUGCUGCAGAGCUUGACAGUGUCAUGGUGGUUGUUGCCAAUCCUCGUCAAUUCAAAAUCCCUGAUUGGUUUUUGAACAGGCAGAAGGAUUACAAGGAUGGAAAGUUUUCACAAGUCACCUCUAAUGCUCUUGACAUGAAGCUUAGGGAUGAUCUGGAGCGCCUGAAAAAGAUCAGGAAUCAUCGUGGUUUACGUCACUACUGGGGCCUCCGAGUUCGUGGUCAGCACACAAAGACCACUGGCCGCAGAGGAAAAACUGUUGGUGUGUCGAAAAAGCGAUAAUCUACUCGUCAGUUUCAGUUAUGUUACAUGCUUUCUUUUAUGCGCUGCUGGCGAUAUAUGUCUUAAGAUGUUUGUUAGGGAUUGUCUACUGGUUAUGUUUAAAAUUUCCCGUUGGUGGGUUAUAGUUUAAUUUCUUGUUUAGUGGCAAAAGGAUUAGUUUGCUAUAUGAUCAAGUUUUGCAGAUUGUUCUUUAAUUUUAAAUUGAAUGAGUAGUUUUUUGAAUGCAA